GGCUCCAACACACAGGUCGGUAGACUCCGAUCGAUCCUCUCCUCCCUCCCUCUCCUAUCCGGCCGGCCGGCCGCUAGAUCCAUCCAUCCAUCCGUCGUCUCUGCGCGCGGCCUAGCUAGCUGCUGGAAACGAUCGAAUUGAAGCAGAUCAUCACAAUGAGCUCUGGCGGCGGCGGUGUGCCGCUGACGACGACGACGAUGGCGGUGGCCGUCUCUUCCCUGCUGCUGCUCCUGGGCGCCGGCUCCGCGGCCGUGAGCUACAACGACUCAUCCUUGAUGCGGAUGCCGAUGCAGUGGGGAAGCGCCAGGGCCACCUGGUACGGCCAGCCCAACGGCGCAGGCCCAUACGACAACGGCGGCGCUUGCGGCUUCAAGAAUGUGAACCAGUACCCCUUCCUGUCCAUGACCUCCUGCGGCAACCAGCCGCUGUUCCGCGACGGCAAGGGCUGCGGCUCCUGCUACAAGAUCAGGUGCUCCAAGCACCCCGCCUGCUCCGGCCGCACCCAGACGGUCGUCAUCACCGACAUGAACUACUACCCCGUCGCGCCCUACCACUUCGACCUCAGCGGCACCGCCUUCGGCAAGCUCGCCAAGCCCGGCCGCAACGACGACCUCCGCCGCGCCGGCAUCAUCGACGUCCAGUUCGCCAGGGUGCCCUGCGAGUUCCCCGGCCUCAAGGUCGGCUUCCACGUCGAGGACGGCUCCAGCCAGGUCUACUUCGCCGUGCUCGUCGAGUACGAGAACGGCGACGGCGACGUGGCGCAGGUGGACCUCAGGGAGGCCCGGAGCCGCCGCUGGACGCCCAUGCGCCAGUCCUGGGGAUCCGUCUGGCGCCUCGACUCCAACCACCGCCUGCAGCCGCCCUUCUCCAUCCGCCUGCGCAGCGACUCCGGCAAGACGCUGGUGGCACCAGACGUCAUCCCCGUCAACUGGAGGCCCAACACAUUCUACAGAUCAUUCGUCCAGUACUCCUCCUAGCUAGCUAGCUCUAGUGGUUGUUGAUUCAAUUCGAGAGCAUCGUCGACCUAUCUGUCGUCCGAUCGACGAUCCUCAUUCAAUUCAUCAGAUCAAUAUAUAUGUACUGCCGCAUGUAUCUACAAUACUACUGCGCAUGCCUAAUGGAGGUCAAACUGGGCCCCGGCCCCUGCUUGCUUUA